AUGCUGCAGCCAUGGCCUUGCUCGCUGCUCCUCCUCAUAGCUCUGCUCUCCACCAGCGUCCAGACUGGGGCUUUGCCAAGACAGAGGCUACAGAUGCUCCUUUCCCGGUUGCUGCCCCUGGAGCCUGAGUCCACACUGGCCGAAGAGGACAUGAAGGAAGGGUCCAGCUUCGGCCCUCAGCUGCUCUCCUCCGCCCUCCCUUUCCUCCCAUCGGGGUCUAGAGCUGCCCGUCCCUCUCUCUGGCGCAGGACCCUUGCCAGUCGCAAGUGGGCACUGCCUGGAGAUUGGGCCUGGCAGGCCGUGCCCAGGGGCUGCUUUGGGCUGAAACUGGACCGAAUCGGGACUUUCAGUGGUUUGGGUUGUUAG